GUAGAAGCCUUUUUCUGAUGAACUGGAGAGCAAUAAGUCAGCAGAGAUGAGAUCUUGUCACUCAAGACUUUUAGGUGGCACCCAGCUUUGGCAAAGAUAUGUGUCAACUGUACCGCACGAAAAAAGGGAGAUCUUGAACUUGAAAGCACUUUUAGCCAAAUCCGAAGAGGCUGAACUUGCUAACAAGAAAAUAGAGGUGCCAAAACAAAACAAGGCAAAGAAGACCGAUCCACACGAUAACUAUGGGCUGGAGAUCAUGAAAGAACUGGCUAAGCUGACGGCGCUACCUUUGAAAUGGAAGGCAAGCCAUAAAGAGUACACCAGUAUAGCCGGCUUCCUAACCUUGGCCCACGUUGCCUUAGAGUGGAGUAUAUAUGACUACCGAAAGAUUCCCACAAUGGAGGUUGCCGGAAAGGAGUUACCGGAGGUGAUAUUUCUGGGACGAUGUAACGUGGGAAAGUCGUCUCUGAUAAAUGCGUUGUUGAGCAAAAAGAAGGACGCCGUAGUGCAGCCGUAUGCCAGGGUGAAGAACCAGGCAGGGUACACGCCGUGCUUGAAUUUUUACAACGUUGGAGGGCGGUUCAGACUUGUUGACUGCCCUGGAUACGGUGUCAAGGGCCGUGAGUGGCAGGGGAAGUUGGUUUUCGAGUAUCUACAGAAACGGGGCAACUUGCAGAACACCUACUUGAUUCUCGAUGCAGAAGUGGGCCUGAACGCGUACGACGAGCUGCUUCUGCAGAACUUGACGGACGUGGGAGUGAGAUUCGACAUCAUCUUCAACAAGAUCGACAAGAUCCCGCGGGACAAGCGAAAGGCACGGAUCCUUGACCUGGUCACCACCGGCUUCAUCGGGGGCCUCAGCAUGACGCCACGGUGCUAUGCUGUCAGCAGCAACGAGCAGUCCAGAACCGGCAUCACCGAGGUCAUGGUCUCAGUCAUCGAGUCCUGCGGAAUAUGGCAGGACGGCGAGGCCGGCCGGUUGGUUGCAGCCAAGAAGAAACAUGUUGUGCGUGCCGAGGUCGCCCGACAGCAGUACAAACGCGGGAAGAAGGAGCACAAGGAGCUGCAGAGGAAGCAGCGGGAGAACGACCAGCGGCUGGCCAAGUAGCGGCCUCUCAUUUCUGUAUAUAUGUGUACACUGCUUUAUCCAUCUUCCGUGAAGAUAGCCAACAGUAAGUAAUCUGGCAAAACAUGUGCGCACGUGACAUUUUCGCCG